AUGAAUGAUGGUGUCCCUGGCUACCCCCUUGCCACAUCGCACCACCGCGAUUCCUCAAUUGGUAUCCCCUGCGACCAAUCCUAUCGGCGUGGGUCGCAUCAUGCAAACCGAUCCGCCGGAUUGCAUGCGAGGAUCUCGCAAUCGUGCGUUCGGAUGUUCAUAUCCGCCCGAUCCGCGACCGUCGCAGCAUCAGGAGGGCCAUCGAGCUCCCGCGCCGCGCAUAACCCACGCGCGACACUCCGUCCCAGACAUGUUCAUCCCACGCGCUUCCUCCGAACCCGAAGCGCGCGAAGAGCUCCUACCGACUCUCCCUCGUUUCACCGUCUAGCCGUCUCCGCCGCGACCGGUGCAAGCCAAGCCUCGGGCGGAUCUGAGCCGUCCGUAUCGGCCUGGAUCCGCGAGAUCGGGGAAGAGGAUUCCGGCGAGAAGUUUCUCGGAAGGUUCUUGCAGGAUGACGUGGGUCCGAACCAGGUGGUUCUCGAGGCGCAGGCGCGCGUGUGCACGGGACCCACGCAGACCCGGCCGUUGGGCGAGGAGGAGAUGCGGCGCGUGUUGGAGCAGAUCUUGCUCUCAGCAAAGGGCGAGCUCCCCCCAUCAGAGCGCGUGUCACGGGCGCAGAUGGGGGGGUUCUUUGCGGGCAUGACAGUGCGCGCCAACUGCUUCCCCCCGCCACGCAGUGGAGCGAGGGGGAGAGGCGCGCGCUGGAUGACAUGUGGCCCGCCCUCAGAUACCACCUCCCCCGGGACGUGCUCUUCCUUGCCGACCCUCAGGGCUCCAUUUUCAGCGAUGCUCUGCCUGUGGGGCCACCUUCCUCGGGCAUGGGUCGGAGCAGGAGGCUCAGGUGGUGGGGGACCUGCGGGACAUUCUGUUCGGUGUGCACCUUGGCUUCCAGGUGAGAUCUCAGGUGGAAUCUCAGGUGAGAUUUCUCGCGUAUGGUCUCGGGUGAAAUUACGUGUUCACCUUUUCCUUAUUCUGUGUGCGCUGCCCCCGUCCCCGUGUCCUUCCAGGAAAACCAUGUCGCUGCUGCAGAACCUGCUGCCCAUGAGAGGCGGCUGUGCGGAGGGAGUGGGAGGAGUGAGCGAUGCACUGGUAGCGGCGUAUCUGAUCGCUGUGCGCAUGAACCGAGAGACCGACCGAGAGCUCAAGGCCUUCUGCCUGGCGUUUGAUCAGGAGCUGGGACCAGCCCCCAUUGCAAGAGUGCCCUCACUGACGCACUACGGCGAGCCCUACGACGGCACCACUCGCUACUUCCGCCCAACGCUCUUCGUGGCGGCAGUCAGGGCGAGUUAUGGAGAGGCGUGCCUAUUGCAUGGGGUGGACGCCUUCCCCCCCAAGUUAGGAGCCACAGAGGAGGCAAUGCUUAGCCUUUUGGGGGCCAACACCAGCCUCUCGACUGCGCAAGCUGCUGCUAUUUUGGAGGACCCUCAAGUCCACAUGGCCUAUCUCAGCCUCAAGGAUUGCUCUCCCUCGUGCUACUCAUUGGUGGAUAUGCGGAGGCACAUCAAGAAGCGUCCAACGUUUGCCACCACAGAGAAAGUGCAGCGAUACAUACAUGCAUCAGGGCGAGAAGCCAUGGUAGCUGGAUUCUAUCACGAGGGCUAUGAGGAACCGCUGCUCAUGCUCAUGCGCAGGCAGCCCGUGGAAGCAGGACUCGUGGUGAAGGGCGAGGAGGGCUCUUUGGCUCUCAUGACCCGCCGCCCGGCCCCGGAUGCUGCCAAAAAAGGCCGCCCGGUGAACUACUGCGCGGGGUUUCGGCCGGGGAGCAGUGGGAGUGGAUGGGCGGAGAGAGGAGGAAGGAGGGGAGCGGAGGGAGGGGAGGAGAGUGAGAGUGGAGGGGAGGAGGACGGGUUUUACCGUGAAACGUUUUCGAUGGAGGCUGACGCUGUUGCAGCUGGGAUGGAAGAGACCCUCACACCGCGAAUUGACAGAUCCGCACAGAAGAAUCUAGAUUUAGGCCUGGAGGCACUGAGAGGGAUCAAAGGGCCAGCAUAUGACAGGAUAGUGUUCAAUGCAGCGGUGCAGGAUCACCUGCUGGGGUGGGGAGCGAGGGCGAUUGGGUUGGAAGCUGCGGUGGAGAGGGCGAGAGAGGCGGUGGAUAGUGGGCGGGCGUUGAAGCAUCUCGUGGGGUAUGUGGAGCGGAGCAAGCAGAUGCGGUGA